AUGCAAUUCAAGCUUGUUAGCUUUGUAGGCGCUGCCUUGUUUGCUUCUUCUGUUGCAGCUAUCUGCCCCGGUUACAACUACGGAAUCAUCGACGUCGGAAGAGACGUUGCCACUGGAAAGGAGGGAUACGCCGUGGUGGAUGAUUCUUGCACCCAGGUAGCUGGAGCGAUCACCAGCAAUCCUUGCGAUGAGCCGCUGUUCUCCUGCUCGCCGCCCCCGAUCACGAUUGUAGGUCUGCACUAUGGUGGUCAAAACUAUGCCUGCCGGGGUGAUGUUAACUCAGGAUAUUGCGGAGGUACUCACGUUCAAGUUUGCUGCCGCAAUGACGGAAAUUGA